GUUUCAGAGUUGUCAAAGAAAACAACGAAUCUCUAACGUUUUUAUUCCGUGCUGUCAUGGUUGAAAAAGUGAUUUUAGCUUAUUCCGGUGGCUUGGAUACCUCAUGCAUUUUGAAAUGGCUCUUGGAGAAGGGCUAUGAAGUCAUAUGCCUUAUGGCCGAUGUUGGACAAAAAGAAGAUUUUGAGCUUGCCAAACAGAAGGCCUUGAAAAUUGGUGCCAAACAAGUCAUUGUGGAGGAUGUGAAAGAAGAUUUUGUCAAGAAUUAUAUCUGGCCAGCUGUACAAAUGGGUCUUAUCUAUGAGGAACGUUAUCUACUUGGUACGUCUUUGGCUAGACCAUGCAUAACGGUGGCCUUAGUUGAGGCCGCGAAGAAGUAUCAGGCCAAAUAUAUAGCCCAUGGUGCUACUGGUAAGGGCAAUGAUCAAGUGCGAUUUGAACUGUGCGCCUAUGCUUUGUUGCCCUCAAUAAAGAUCAUUGCCCCCUGGAGAGAUGAUGAGUUCUGCCAACAGUUUCAAGGACGUUUGGAUUUAAUUGAGUAUGCCAGAAAACACAAUAUUCCAGUUACAGCUAAACCUUCAACACCCUGGAGUACAGAUGCCAAUAUUUUACAUAUCAGCUAUGAAUCUGGAAUCUUGGAAGAUCCCAAUCAAAUAGCUCCAGAAACUUUAUAUGAAAUGACUAAAGAUCCUCAGACUCAGGCACCUAAGCAAUCCAUGCGUAUGACCAUAACAUUUGAAAAAGGUUUGCCAGUUAAGUUGAACGAUAAGUCACAAUCACCUUUGGAGAUAUUGGAAAUUCUUAAUUAUGUGGCCGGUUCAUAUGGUAUUGGUCGCAUUGACAUUGUGGAAAAUCGUUAUGUGGGUCUUAAGUCGCGUGGCGUUUAUGAAACACCUGGUGGAACAGUGCUGUUCCAAGCACAUCAAGAUUUGGAGGUGUUCUGUUUGGAUAGAGAGGUUUUACGCUGCAAACAAUAUCUGCGUGAUCGUAUGGCUGACUAUGUCUAUAAUGGCUUUUGGUUCAGUCCUGAAGCCAACUAUGUGCGCCAAUGUUUGGAACUGUCACAGGACAAGGUAAAUGGCCAAGUGGUUAUGGAGCUGAGGCCAGGCUAUUGUCAAGCUGUAGCCCGCACAGCCACCACAAAUGCUUUGUACAAUCAAGAGCUGGUGUCAAUGGAUGUCCAUGGUGAAUAUGUGCCACGUGAUGCUUCCGGUUUCAUAGCCAUCAAUUCAGUGCGUCUAAGAGAACAUGUUCGAGCCUUUGGUCCUUAUGAAGUAGCGAAAAAAUAACAAAACUGUGUGUGUGUGUGUGUGUGAGAGUGUUUGUACAUAUAUAUGGAUGUGUGUAACCUGUACAAUUUGCUAUAACGAUAAAGAGCUACAUGAAAUUUCUAACAAUUACAAACUAUU